AUGGAGGGUGGUGAUAUCAUAGAAGAGGAGGAAGAAAAUCACGUAGAACAAGAAAAAGAAGAAGUUCAUCAGCAUGGCGUUACCAAUGGGCUCAAAAGUAAGGAGCUUUCAUGGAAAAAGCUUGAUUCCUUCAAUUUGGAGGCAGGCUUCAUCAACUCAAAUCAAAGCCCUGGAUCUCAUCAGGGUGGGAGCUGGGUAAGCAUCAUGAAGCUAGCAUUCCAGAGCAUUGGGGUUGUUUAUGGCGAUUUGGGCACUUCCCCUUUGUAUGUGUUGCCAGGGAUUUUCCCAGAUGGGAUUAAGGACAAUGAUGACAUACUUGGAGUGUUGUCUCUGAUCUUUUACUCGCUCAUGUUAAUCACUUUGAUCAAGUACGUUUUCAUUGUUCUUGCGGCCAAUGACAAUGGUGAUGGAGGAACGUUUGCUCUGUAUUCGCUGAUAUGCCGCUAUGCCAAGGUGAGCUUGACUCCCAAUCAGCAGGCUGAAGACAAAGAGGUGUCAAACUACAAACUAGAAGUGCCGAACCGGCGGCUCAUGAGAGCAUCCUUUGUGAAGUCCAUGAUUGAGAAGAACCAAACAGUAAAAUACUUAAUCUUGUUCAUCACUAUGCUUGGCACCUCCAUGGUGCUCGGAGAUGGAAUCCUCACACCCUGUAUAUCAGUAUUGUCGGCAGUGGGGGGAAUGAGGGAAGCCACUAGCUCUCUUACUGAUAAUACCAUCAUGUGGAUUUCUGUGGCCAUUUUGAUAGUUCUGUUCCAAAUUCAGAGGUUUGGGACAGACAAAAUUGGCUAUAGUUUUGCUCCAGUACUUACAUUUUGGUUCUUUUUCAUCGGAAUCAUUGGCUUGUACAACUUUGCUAAGCAUGAUCCGGGUGUUAUCAAGGCUGUCAAUCCAAUCUACAUUGUUCAUUAUUUCAGUAGGAAUAAGAAGAAUGCCUGGAUUUCUCUUGGAGGCGUCAUCCUCUGCCUAACAGGUUCUGAAGCCUUGUUUGCUGAUCUGGGUCACUUCAGCCUUCGCUCAAUUCAGAUAAGCUCAUGCACUAUAGUCUUUCCCUCCAUUGUCUUUGCCUACUUUGGUCAAGCUUCCUAUCUCCGGAAGCACAAUCAGGAUGCUAGCAAUGCCUUCUAUAGUUCAAUUCCAAAACCCCUAUAUUGGCCGAUGUUUGUUGUGGCUGUACUAUCAGCCAUCAUUGCUAGUCAGUCAUUAAUCUCAGCUUCUUUCUCCAUCAUCCAACAGUCCUUAGCCCUUGGGUGUUUCCCAAGGGUUAAGGUAGUUCACACAUCCUCACAAUACAAAGGACAAGUUUAUGUGCCUGAGAUCAACACCCUUCUCAUGUUGGCUUGUGUGGGUGUCACUCUUGGCUUCAAAAAUACACUGCAGAUUGGCAAUGCUUACGGAAUUGCGGUGGCGUUUGUAUUUACAAUCACAUCUACUUUUCUUAUGCUUGUGAUGAUCAUGAUAUGGAAGACAAACAUGUACUUGAUCAUCCUCUAUGCCCUAACCAUUGGGCUCUUGGAACUCCUAUUCUUGAGCUCAGUACUCUACAAAUUUGUUGAUGGAGGGUACCUUCCUUUGUUAUUUGCCUUGACUCUUGUGACUAUCAUGUAUAUAUGGAAUUAUGGCUACCGCAAGAAGUACUUGUACGAGAUGGACAACAAAGUUUCUGCAGGGAAAUUGGUUGAGAUAACUUCUGAUCCAAGCAUCCAUAGGUUCCCAGGCCUUGCCCUAUUUUACACUGAGCUUGUCCAAGGCAUCUCCCCAAUAUUCACACAUUAUGUUGCCAAUGUUCCUGCUUUGCACUCUGUUCUUGUCUUUGUCUCAAUCAAAUCAUUACCCAUUAGCACGGUUCCUCCGGAGGAUCGGUUUAUGUUCCGGCGAGUGGAGCCGCACGAGCUUAGCAUUUUCCGGUGUGUUGUGAGGUAUGGUUACAAGGAUGGAAGAACUGAUCAGUGGGAGUUUUUUGAGGAGAUGUUGGUGAGUGAGUUGAAGGGAUUCAUACAAAAAGAUUUGCUCAUGUCUAGGCUGCCUGCAGAGAGGAGAUUAGGUUUGGCUAAUGAACCAGAUGAUGAUAAUGAUCAAGUGGUGGCAAGGAGAAAUAUUGAAGAAAUGGUGCAAAGAGAGGUGGGAAUAGUGGAUGGUGUGCUAAAAUCUGGGGAUAUUGUUUAUCUAAUGGGUGAAAAUGAGGUGAUGGCUUCGAAGGGGUCUAGCUUGUUAAAGAAAUUGGCUAUAAAUUACGCCUACAAUUGGUUGAGAAGAUGUGUGAGGCAGGCAGAUGAAGUUUUCAUGAUUCCUCGCAAGCGGCUUCUCAAGGUAGGGAUGACUUAUGAAGUCUAG